GUGUUUCUCAGUGGAAUGAAAUGUUUUCCAAAUUUGGUCAAGGCUGAGUAGCCAAUGGGCUGCUGCAGUGAGUCCUCUGCAAAUGAGCUCAAGCAAAGUUUAUUGUUUACUGUGUCCUGGGCAUGUGAGCAGGGCAGACAGUGCCUCCCUUUGUGGAUGCCACAGACAUUCCACAGAAGAACCAAUGUCAGAGCUGUGCUGGAGGACAGGGUGCUGGUAAAACUCCAACAAGUUCUGCUUCCCCACUCAUCUGGGAACCACCUGCCUCUCAGGCAAGAAGACCCUAUGGCACCCAACGUUGGAAUUGGAAGCAGGUUUUGGGGCUCAGAACAGCUAACUGGAAGUGCAAUCUCUGAGAGCAGAUUUGGGGUCUGCUGAGAUCUCACACUACUGAGUUAGAGACAUUCCAGAAGACUCAGCUUUCUAAGCAGGUGUUCUCCUGCCUCCUGCCGUGUGUCUCCCCAGCCCUGAGGAAAUGGAGGAUUGCUGCAGAGGCUCUUGGCUCUCCUGUCUCACCUCCCUGCUUCUCUUCUUCCAGUUGCCUGCUGGGGGGUCUGCAGAGGAGUUUGUGGUGGUUGGCCCCUCGGACCCCAUUGUGGCAGUGAUUGGUGGGAACGUCACGCUGCCCUGUCAUGUGUCCCCAGCCAUGGAUGUGGAAAACAUGGAGCUGCGGUGGUUCCGCUCCAAGUUCUCAGAAGUAGUGUUCAUCUAUGAAAACCAGCAGGAACAGAAAGAAGAGCAGCUGGCUCAGUACACAGGGCGGACCUCGCUGGUGAAGGACUUCCUCAGCCAGGGGAAGGCCACUGUGCGUAUCCACAAGGUCCAGGCUUCCGACAACGGGCUGUAUACCUGCUUGUUCAGAAAGGGAAGUUUCUAUGAAGAGGCCAGUUUGGAGCUGAAGGUGGCAGGUGUGGGCUCUGUCCCUCAAGUGCACAUCACAGGGCCAGAGGAGGACGGGGUCCGAGUGGUGUGCACGGCCUCGGGAUGGUUCCCAAAGCCCCAGAUACAGUGGAGAGCUGCUAAUGGGGAAAAGUUCCUGACAUUCUCUGAGACCCAUGCCCAAGACACUGAAGGGCUGUUCAGCGUGGAGUCUGCUCUGGUGGUGAGGGACAGCUCUUCAGGGAACAUGACCUGCUCAGUCCUCAACCCCGUCCUGGACCAGAAGAAGGCGAUGGCCAUUUUCAUCCCAGAGCCCUUCUUCCCCCAGGCCUCUCCCUGGAAGCCAGCUUUCAUAGUGAGCCUUGUGGUGCUGAUGCUCUCACUCCUUGGGGCUGCCUAUUACAUCAAGACAGAACAUACUGUAAAGAGGCAGGAGAUGCAGGAAUGGGAGAGACUGCACAGGGACAAGGAGGAGGCCCGGCGGACAAAGGAGGAGGCGUUGAAGGCCAGAGAUGAACUCCAAGAAGAUCUCGGCAGGAGGAAAUCCAUUUACCUGGGUGGCUGGAGGAAGGCGCAGUUGUAUGCAGACUGGCGGAAGGAGAAGUUCCAGGCCUUGUCUGUCACUCUGGAUCCAGCGUCUGCACAUCCGCACCUUGCUGUCCUCUGGUGGGGACAGACUAGUGUGACCUUGGAGGACACAACUGAGGACCCAGGAGGACCCUGUAGCAUCUUGGGCCAGGAGGCCAUCACAUCAGGGCGCUGUUACUGGGAGGUGGAGAUCAAGAAUGGAAACAGAAGCGAUCUCCUGGGGUAUGCCUAUGAGAACAGUCAGUUCAUGCCUUAUGCUCAGGCAACAGAAGAUGAUAGUUGA